UAUCGGGUCAUUAGUACAAAUUCCUCGACUUGCACUCGCUUACUCUCGCUCUCUCUCGAUUUCUCUCGUCAUACGACCGAUUACUUGCUCUUUUAACAAAAGUUUAAAUCAAAGAACUUUAAUCCUGAUCAUAAUGCGUUUCACCACCUUUGCUCUUCUCUCCCUGGUUUCCGGUGUCUUUGCCGGAAACUGCGGUCCUCAGAACGGAAACGCAAAGUGCGCUUCCGGCGAGUGCUGCUCGCAAUACGGCUGGUGCGGAACCACUGUCGACCACUGCGACGCGAAGACUUGCCUGAAGGACUUCUCCGGUGCCUCUUCCAAGUGCAGCGGCAGCUCUCCCGCACAGACUUUCCCCGAUGGUGUCCCCGAGAUUGACGUUUGUGGUCAUGCCCAAGGUGGCGUGAGCUGCCCCGGUGCGGGAGCCAACGGCUACUUCUACCGCUGCUGCUCUUCGGCCGGCCACUGCGGACCCAAGAACGACCUCCAGGACCAGAACCUCUACUGCGGUACCGGAUGCCAGGCCGGCUUCGGCAAGUGCGACAACCAAAAGGCGCCUGCUGAGCCCGCUGGCGAAAAGGGCGUUUCGCAAGCUGGAGAGACUUGCGGUCCUAUUGUCAACAAGAAGUGUGCCUCUGGUCUUUGCUGCUCUGGAUCAAACUUCUGCGGUACUGGAGAGGACUUCUGUGGCGCUGCUAACUGGUGCCAGAGCAAGUGGGGAAGGUGCAACUAAGUGUGUUGUUUGAGUAGAGAAAUCCGAGAAGCUGCAACGUUGGAAUUAUUCGAAGCCUAGAUGAAUAGACGAAAGCGUGGGGACGCGAGAAAAUAAAUACUAUGACUUGC